GCUCUGGAGGCAGUGAAUGCUCAGCUCCGUGAGCUCUACCCCGACAGCGAGGAGCUCUUCGACAUCGUCCUCAUGACCAACAACCACGCCCAGGUUGGGGUUCGCUUGAUCAACAGCAUCAACCACUAUGAUCUGUUCAUCGAGAGGUUCUGCAUGACGGGAGGGAACAGCCCCAUCUGUUACCUCAAGGCCUAUCACACCAACCUCUACCUCUCCUCUGAUGCAGAGAAAGUGAGUGGGGCCAUUGAAGAGGGGAUUGCUGCAGCCACCAUCUUCAGCCCCAGCAGGGACCUGGAGGUGUCGGAGAAGCAGCUGAGGGUGGCGUUCGACGGGGACGCCGUGCUCUUCUCGGAUGAGUCGGAGCAGAUCGUGAAGGCUCACGGCCUGGACAUGUUCUUUGAGCACGAAAAGGCCCACGAGAACAAACCCCUGGCACAGGGCCCCUUGAAGGGCUUCCUGGAGGCGCUGGGCAAGCUGCAGAAGAAGUUCUACUCCAAGGGGCUGAGGCUGGAGUGCCCCAUCCGCACGUACCUGGUGACGGCGCGCAGCGCGGCCAGCUCGGGCGCCCGCGCCCUAAAGACUCUGCGCAGCUGGGGCCUGGAGACGGACGAGGCUCUGUUCCUGGCGGGGGCUCCCAAGGGCCCUCUGCUCAGGAAGAUCAGGCCCCACAUCUUCUUCGAUGACCAGAUGUUCCACGUGGAGGGGGCGCAGGAGAUGGGCGCCGUGGCCGCCCACGUUCCCUACGGCGUGGCGCAGAAACACAAGCGGCCGGCGCAGGACAAGCAGCAGACCCCAAACAGCAAAUAGUGGGGUUGGGGGGGAUCCCCCAAAGCCCAGCAAGGACCUCAUCCCGUGAGCCAGGCUCCCUGCUCGUGCAGGGGGUGUUUGUUCUGGGAAUGGGGGCUCAUUUUCCCCAGAGAGGAGGGAAAUGUCCUUGGUGCCUCUGUUUGCUGCUGCUCCUCCUCGUGGGGCUGGGGGCUCCUCUGUGCCAGGAGAUGUUUUCCCAGUUUAUCUGUGCGCUCUGCACUUGCUUCGGGCAAAAACCCCUCGAGGAUGGGUCUGCCUUGUGUGGAAUCUUUGUGCCAGGCAGGUUUAACCUAUUUAUUUUAACCUAUUUAUUGAAAACCACCAGUGACUCCCAAAGCCUUCUGGCUUUCCCAAGCAAAUGUUUAGGCUGAGCUGGAAAAUUGGGAGCACUCAGAAACCUUCCAAGCAGCUUUGAAACAAAAUUUUAUCCCUUUGAACUGGAAUUAAACUGUUUUAUUGUUCCUUCACAGCCCCAGCUGCUGCUCCCAAACCAGAAAAUACUCAAUAUCUGUCCUUUCACCAAGAUUUUGCCAGCUUAAAUUUGGAAAAAUAGAAACAAAUACUUAACAUACUAAAAAAAAAAAUCCUGUUUCUUGCUUGGAGCUUUGGGCUAGUGUAUUGCUGGCCCAGGUUUUUAUAUUUGGGUUUCACACUUGCAUGAUUUAGCACUUAAAACUAAUAAUCUCAGUGAGCAUCCAAAGCUCAGCUUGUGCAAGGGCUGCAGACGCAUGCCCAGGGCUUGAAUUAAGUUAAAAGCAGGCCUUGAUAUAUUAGGGACAUCAUUUGAAGUCCAUUUAGGUAAAUCUGCACAGAAUUUCAGCCUGGGGAUUUCAAUUAAAGGAUUUUUUCCUCCCUUUCCAGGCUGAGCCCAUAUGAGUUGAUAAUCUUUUUCUCCUCAGCUUCUUAAAACCUCUGGUGUUUCCUAAAAUAGGCACCUCUGUUAGCGAUGCUGUGAGAGAACCAAAUCUCUGAUUAAAAAACAGGAUGGGAAAUCAAUGGGAGAGAAAGUGGUGUGAAAAUCACACUGACAUUUCUGCUCAAAGCCCUGUUGUCCCAAAGGAGGAAAGGAAGGAAAAUUUAAAGAUUUUUUUUUUCCUAGUGGGUUUUUCUUUUCCUCUAUUUUUUUUUUUUGGUUUUUUUUUUUGCACAACAUCCCAUGGCUGAGCAGGAAGGGCGCUCAGUAUUAUUACCCAGUUUUUUACAAAUAACAUGGGUUGAAAUUGUUGUGUGUCUGGCUCUUUCCAGGGAAGUUUCAGCUCAGACAGCGAGGCUGGAGCUGGAGUUAUCACCCUUUUGAGGAAUAUGUAAAUAACCAAGCUGGUGA